CUAUCCAUAAUAUAGUGUGUCCAUAACUGUCCACGGCUAGUGUGACAAUGCAGUUUUGUUAAUGUGUUACCAGCGUGUUGUGUGUUGACCGAGUUAAUCAUGUUAGCGUGCACAGUUCCGUCAUUACCCUAAAUGCACGUGGGACACGAGCCUAGGGCCCCCGGCCUGGGGGGGGGGCGAAUAAUAUAAUUUACAUCUGUAAGUUUAUUUUUUUUGGUUUUCUUAAAGGGCCCCCAAACUCUGUGUGCCCAUACAUUGCCUAAGACGGCCCUGUGCGUGCACCGCAGCGCUUUGGACCCGGAAAAAACAAAAACGAAUUAACGCGGUUUCGGAUAAAUAACGCACUUUAUUGUCGUAAAAACUGAAAAUAUUCGGCGCCUUUCGUGUAGGUAUUGCCGGUGGUCGGGGAAACGGCCACUUGCACGGCGUGCAGACAGCAGUUAAAUUUAACUCUCGUCUAUUUAUAAUAUUGUAUGGCCCAAAAGUUUGUGUAUGCCGCCUCCGCCGCCGUACAUAUUGUGUGUAAUACGUACCCGACGGGCCAAGACGACGUUCGCGAGUUUUGUACACAGUAAUCGUAUCGAUUUGUCGAUAAGCAACAAAAAAAAAACACCAAAAAUGAAUAAAACAAAAAACAGUGACGGCGAGAGUUGCUGCACGGAUUACGAGACGGACGGCUUUUGGAGUUCAGAAAAAACGCUUUUGCAAUCGGUGCGUGGAGACGACGGCGUGCGGAAGAGGAAAAAGAAAAAGAAAAAACCGGCGGCCAAGGAACGAUGCGGAAGCGACCGGGAUCCGGUUGGCGCGGGACUGGCGGGACAAUGGCGUUUGUUCCGGAAAGAGCACGACAAGGAGUGGCGCUCGUUCUGGAGGAUGGCCCGAAAGUGCUUCGUGGACACGGUGGUUCUGGUGCUCAUGUGCGGCGUGGGCGGUCUGGUAUUCCGUUACACCGAAGGCGCUUUUGAGACGUUCUACAAGUGCGGUGUGAAACGGGUGAAACGCGACUUCCUCAAUGGCUUGUGGACAGACAGCCGGAGGAUGGGCGAGGAUCAGUGGAAGCAGAUUGCCAGGAGAAAACUGGUCGAGUUCGAGGAACAACUCCACGACGCGUUCGAAGCCGGCACCACUACGUACAGCGGCCGGAGUUCGUGGAGUUUUGUCAACUCGGCCAUAUAUUCCUUCACGGUUGUCACCACCAUAGGAUACGGCCACAUAGUCCCGUCGACCAACACCGGUCGACUGAUAACCAUAGUGUACGCGAUAUUUGGCAUACCAAUAUUUUUGAUUUUGCUGGCCGAUUUCGGUAAAAUGUUUACUAGAGGAAUAAAGUUCCUUUGGGCUUUCGUCCGGCGUCUAUAUUACACCGGCAGCUGUCGAAAAGUUCGCAGAACGGCACCCGUCCAAGAGGUUAUGAAAGGUGUACAAAUGGUGUAUGACAUAACGAAAUUCCGUCGACCGAGUGCGGUGUUUGACGGUAUACCGGACAGCCAGUCAGGAUAUCCCCCGACGUCGCCCAGUACACCAGCCCUGAGCACUUAUGCCAUUGACGACGAGUUCAACUUGCCGAUUUCGGUGGCGUUUGUCAUUUUAUUGAUUUACAUUGUUUUCGGCGCUAUGGUUUUCUGGUUUGAAGAGGGUUGGGGAUUUUUCCAGGCAUUCUACUUUGUCUUUAUAUCGAUGUCCACCAUUGGAUUCGGCGAUUUCGUCCCUAAGAAUCAACUUGUCAUGAUCAUAUCCAUCGUGUACUUAGUUUUCGGGCUAGCGUUGACAUCUAUGUGCAUAAACGUCGUUCAGGAAAAAUUGCAAAAUUCGUUCAGACAAGCAACGGCCAAGAUCAGCGCAACAAUUGGACUAGGAAUGCCUAUGGACGAGAAAGCGGUUACCGACGAAGAAAUCACUAGUUACGUAGACGACGAAACCAAAAACGAUUCUAAUAAAUAAAUACAAUACAUAACAUAUUAUUAUAUUCCAGCUAAAUAAACAUGCAAUGUAAGUCGUCGAUUUGGAAUAUUCAAAAGUUGUUCGUACUCGUAUAUAUAUAUUAUUUAAUUAUUAUUA